UAGAUCACUGAAAUUCUCUUUUUUAGAAGAAGUUAUACUGGGCAUCAUGAAUGCCAAUGAUUUUGUAAUAUUCCCGGGCUCAAAAGCUGGAAGCUCAGUGAGAUUAAAAACAAAAACUGUCAAGGAAUUGCAGUUGGAGAAGGUGCAGUUAGAAACAGAAAACAGAGAGAUGGAGAACAGAUUACGGCAACUGCAGUCAAACAUGAGCAGAGAAAAAGAAGAGAGGAGGAAAUUGGGUGCUUAUCAUUGGAAAUCUGGACAGGCAGGAUCAAGGACCAUCCAAGCCCGAGUUCAGGCACAAAAUAAUGAAAACAGGAAACAGGUUUAUCUAGAAAAAGUCAAGAUUCAAAUACUCAAGGAUCAGAUUCAAGAGCCAGUGAAAGAACCGGUUAAGCUUGAAAGAGGAAAUGUUGUAGCUCGUGAAAACUUCGAAUUGAAGGGGACAGCCUGUGGAUUAUCUGAAAUGAAGGGUCGGCAUGUGGUCCCAGCCUCAGAACCAACCCGUGCAAGCCUUGGAAAGCAGGACAAAAGAUUAUUGCUGAGUGGUGYAUAUGAUGAGGAGGCAUCUGCAAAGUCUUUUCAGGAAGCUUUGCUUCRAUGGAGAAAAGGUAAAAGUGAUCCUGGCGAAGAGCUGCGUGCCAGUAAGAUCCCAUCAGAGUCUGUGGGGAUUUGUGAGGUACAGACCAAUGUAACUGUUGGGAAGGAACCCAUCCACGUUGAAUUCCAGGAUGGCCUGAGCUACAUGGAGAAACUCCUGCUGAAGAAGUACAGAAGAACUCCUGUGGAUGAACUUUUUGAAAGUUUCAUGAGAGAGUCAAGGCACGUGCAAGCCCUGAGUGCUCAUCGGGCCAGGGCUGGAGGAGGAGGAGGAGACAGAAGUCGUGAUGAWGAUGAUGAUGACAUUCAGGGCUUAACAGAUGAAGAGGUGAAGAAAUACUGGGCAUCUAUUUAUAGACCAGAAGAACCCAACAGAGUUUCUAAAAAUGCAGAGUCGUCUUUGCAAAUUGAGUUCCUUGAUGAUUUUCAUAGCAAGGACCCUGAAGGAUCAUCAGACUCUUUGGUGGAGGUAACUGGAGCUGUGGGAGUGAAUAAACAAGGAAAAACUGACCCCCUGGAGUGGUGUGGAGGAAAUCCUGUUUCUCCUAAAGCAAUUCCUCAAGAAAAAACAAUUGUCUGCAGUGAUCUUUACAAAAAUGCAGUGCAGGAGGAGAAUUUUGAACCAAAGACUGAGAGAAGAUCAUGGAACUCCUGUGACCUUCCUGAGGAGAUCUCUAACCCCACUGAAGUAGUGAGCAACAAAAAUCUCCUUGAGACUGAACCAAUGAGCAACAAAAAUSUCCUUGAGACACAACUGCAGAAMAGCAAGAGAGAGCCACAAGAACUGGACAGUGUCUGCAAUAGUCAGAGCUUGGUCUUGCCUGUAACUAGAAAAUCUUCAACAUUGCAGGAUGUAGCCAAAAGACAGAAAUCUGGUUCUACAUCAUAUCAGGGACUUGAAGGUUUCUUUGUUGUAGGUGCAAACCCUAAAGAAGGAAAACUGGAGGCACCUCCUUCCCCRAGUGCUGCCUCCAACCCUAUGGACAGGACUGUCCCUUUUCCAGGAGAUGGGCAGUGGGUUUCUGAAAGGAGUUUAAGUGAAUAUGCUGAUGAUUCUGUAGUUCAAGGUGUCUUAGAAAGUCAACUGAACAGAGCUGCAAAUGCUUUCAAGGCUCAAAAUAAGAUUUCUCCAGUGGUGGUAAUGUGGGUGCCAUGCCCAGGUCCUGAAAACCAUUGCACCUUAACUUGUGAUGAAGUAACCUCCUCUAGCAGAAGGGAAGAAGUUACAUCUUCUUCCUUGGAGGAGAUCUGUGGAAACACUGCAGAUUUCCAUAAUGCCCUGGAGCUGAAAGACCACGRCACMUUGGAUAUUUUUGGGGACUGGGAUGAAAGCCAAAUAGAUGAUGAGAAAGCAAUUCUGGAGGACAAACAGCAGGUUCUUGCAUUGCAGUGA